CGGUUCGUAAACAGAGUGGGCGAAGAUGGCGUCGAGCAAGAAGAGUGGUGGGAGUAGUAGGUUAGAGAAAAGUGUGAAUGGGAGACGCUCAUCGAAACACAAAGAAGGUCCAGUGGUUUCAUCCGCUGACAAUGACUGGAAACACCUGAACAGAGAGGAGACAAACAAGGACAAAGCCUUGAACUCAGAUGCUGUGAUGGACACCAAGGCAGUGUUUGCGGCCCUGUACAGUGUGUGUGAAGAAAACGCCGCUUUCUUCUCAGGAGGAGCCAAAGGGGCUCAGGGCGAUGCAGCGCGGCGGUUGGUGGAAACCAUGAGGCUGAUCCAGGAGCACGCCCGCAGUCUGGAGCCGGUUGUCUCUGGCUUUGCUGCAGUGUACCAUCACUUUGACUUUGACCCUCACAUACCAGCCAACGGCUAUCGCUCACUGGUCAAGUUGGUGCGCUGCUGCCUUCUUCACAUUAUCCAAAAGGGGAGCUACAUCGCUGCAAACCGCCGCAGCAUAUUCUUUCGAGCAGCACACAAUGCAGGAGAGAUGGAGGCCUAUUGCAAUGCUUUGUGCCAGCUGCGCGCCCUACUCUAUUUGGCUCAGCGCAUGCUACAUGACAACAGCCAUGGCAACCUUUUUUUCCAAGAUGAAAGUGGCCUGAGCGAGAGCUUCGUCCGCGAAUACGCCUCUAUGCACAAAGGGUGCUUCUAUGGCCGUUGCCUUGGUUUCCAGUUCACUCCAGCCAUUCGGCCUUGUCUUCAGACCAUCGCUAUUGGGCUUGUGGCCUUUGGAGAAAACUACAGACGGCAUCAGUCGGGAAUAGGUGUGGCGGCCAGCUCUUUCUUUAAUUCAGGAAAGUAUGCUAUCGACCCAGAGCUGAGAGGGGCAGAAUUUGAACGCAUCACCCAGAACCUAGACGUCCAUUUCUGGAAAACUUUCUGGAACAUUACUGAGACUGAAGUCCUGUCGAGUCUUGCCAGUAUGACAUCCACGACAGUGAAGGUGAACCGGGCCCUUUCAGUGCCCCCGAUGCCCUUUGAUCUUCCCCUGGCGGCCAAUCACAAGACCUCAGUAACCAUAGCUCCUCCGUCAGCGCACAUCGGUACUGCUCCUGUUCAGAUGAGGCUCAUCUCGUAUGACUUACGUGAAGGACAGGACAGCGAGGCCCUGUUAUCUCUCUCCCGUACUGAGGGGGGCUCUAUCUCUCUGUCUCUGGGGCUGAAGACCAAACGCCUCCCCCCAUCCCCCUGUCUCCUCAUCCACUUCCAUGGUGGAGGCUUUGUGGCACAGACCUCCAAGUCUCAUGAGCCUUAUCUGAAGAGCUGGUCCCAGGACCUCAGUGUCCCCAUCCUGUCAGUGGACUACUCUUUGGCCCCUGAGGCUCCAUUCCCAAGAGCUCUGGAGGAGUGUUUCUACGCCUACUGCUGGGCUCUGAGAAACCACCACCUACUCGGUUGGACAGGGGAGAAAGUGUGUCUGGCUGGUGACAGUGCAGGAGGCAACCUGAGUGUGACGGUGACGAUGCGCGCCGCCGCCUUUGGUAUUCGAAUGCCAGAUGGCAUCGUGGCAGCCUACCCAGCGACCCUGCUGACCGCCUACGCUUCACCCUCUCGUCUGCUAACACUUAUGGAUCCCCUGCUGCCUCUCAGUGUGCUCUCCAGGUGUCUCAGCGCCUACGCAGGCAGUGAGCCGCAGACAAACAUGCAGAUAGAAAAAGUGAGCACACUGAGCAUGGUGAAAAGAGACACGGCACUGCUGCUAAGAGAUUUCCGACAGGGUGCCUCAAACUGGAUCCACUCUCUGCUGGAUUCAAACAGAGCCUCAGCCUCUCCCAGCACAGCUGCAGAGGCGCCAGCAGGAGCCACUGACACAGUAAGAAAGAGCAUCUCAGAGGCAUCCAUCACUUCUCCUCAUGCUGACCCCCCAGUCCCCUCCGAGAACCCAGAGUUCCCCACUAGGAAGUUGUCCGUCAAGAGCCAAACUUUCCAGGACUUGGGAUCCCACAACAAUUCCACUUCUCACAAUUCACCGCUGCUCUCUGAGCGAGCUCCAGAAGAUGUGAAUUUCUACCUCACCAAGGAGGCAGAUCCCUGCAUUUCCAGGGACCUGUCAUCAGUGGCUAUACCGCCCCCUGCUGGAGAGGAGGGAUUAGAGCUGGCGCACCCAAGGGAGUUCCCUCUGGGGUUCGAACCUCUCCGAUCAGCCCAGCUGGCUGAGAUGAGGGUGGAGAGCUCUCCAGUGGUCAAGGAUCCUUUCUGCUCUCCUCUCUUGGCUCCUGACAGCAUGCUGAAAGGACUGCCUCCUGUGCAUAUAGUGGCUUGUGCUCUGGACCCCAUGCUGGAUGACUCUGUGAUGUUUGCCAAGCGUUUGAGGAGCAUAGACCAGCCUGUCACUCUGUGCGUGGUGGACGACCUCCCUCAUGGCUUCCUCAGCCUAUCCCAGCUCUCCAGGGAGACGAGGGAGGCUGCCAACGUCUGCGUGGGGAGGAUUCGCGCCGUCUUCAACCAGAAGGACUCGCCCCCAGAGCCACGCAAGCACCGCAAGCUGGAACGGACUGAUAGGGGCGUGUCGGCCUGUACUGGGGAAGCUGAUUCUCUUUUCGUCUGCCCCAUUGAGGAAGUGGAGCUAACUGGAGAGAAAGGGUCUAAAAUCUCAGAUGAGGAGGGCCUUGUUACUGUGGCAGUUCAGGAUAACACUGACGCUGAUGGCAUUGGGCCUUAAAUGAGGUUAGAUGGACUUCAGUUCACCCGAGGAUAGAGGGAGAAAACGAAAGUCAGAUGAGUUUAGGCAGUGUAACGCUUAAAAAAAGAAGAGAGGGAAAGCUGAAGGAUGGGAGGAGGCAGUCUAGGAGAUUGCCCAGUUUUUCGAGACCACAAAAAUGAGGAGAUAUACAACAUCUCCGCUUUGCAUUUCUUGCCACUUGUCUGCACCAUCAUGCACCGACGCAAAUCUGGCAGACAAAACGAACACACCCACAGAGGACAGUCAUGUUUUUCGAAUCAAAUGGUAAUUUAGCAGCUACUUAGAUCAAAGACCUGCGCUCACCCACACAUGCGACACAGAUACUUCAACAGAGCCGCCGUUAGGCAGCGGAGGCUCGGACUCAAAAGCGGAACAGAAGAGUCUUGAGACGGGCCCUGAAUGGGUGAUUCAUCCAGGCCACAGCAGUCAUUUGAGAUCCUAAUCAGAUAGCAGUAGGCACACUCUAUGCUUCUGUACUGAGCCAUCCCAACAAAAUGGCCACUUGUCCUUAAGGGAGCGUCUCUAAAUCACACUAAUAACUCCACAUUGUGUUCUCUAUUAUGCCAGUUUGGCAGUCAAUACAGCUCACUUUGUGGAGAGUAACUGUGUUGACUCUGCUAAAUACAAUUAGAGUGAGAACACAACAGACUAAAAGGCUCUAAACUGGAUGAAUUGACCUAUUUGUUUCUUGUUAUUCCGUUGCAAUUUUAAUCAUCUAAACCUAUGCAGUAGUUUUACCUUUUUAUUUAUAUCAUUUUUGUAUUAUAAUCCUUGAAUCAUUACAGAGCUGUCUGUUGAUUUUUACACAUUAUUGUUUGUUUAUUAUAAUCUUAUGCUGUUUAUUCCAGAUUUUUGAAUGUCCCAAUAUUUACCUCUGUUUUUUCAGCACAGCUGCUCCGAUGUCCCUGGACUUUACAAUGUUAUUCAUGUCCUUUUCUAAAUACUGCGUACUGAAAAAAUGCAGUAAAUGUAGGGUAUAAUACAGGGAACACAGUGACCUGUCUAGUUGCUGCCUGGUGCUUUUGUAGUGUUGACAUUAAGGGUGCAACGAUUGCAUUUAAUUAAUUUAGGCAGUGAAAGUUGUGAGGAUGCACUGAGUGUUUUGAAGACAUUUACUCGCUCAAGAACUUUGGUCCCACUUUUACAAGCCUUUUAAGAACAAUCACAGCUUUCUUCAGUGUUUUGUUUUUAUUAUUUUAGACUGGAAACUGUUGCUCAAGAUUUAUGACUCUCCAACAAGAGUAAAAGAGAGCAAGCGGCAGCAAAAAGCCCAGCCCUCAGCUAUCAAUACUCAUUUUAAACUCCACUGCACUGAUUUCCUCUCAGGAUGCCCUCGUUCCUCACCAGGGCGUUAUUGCUCACCACUUCUCUGCACAGUAUGCAGUGUUUCAGAAGUACCACUUCUCUUCAGGCAGGAUAUCUCCUGCCUGACAAUCUGUUUCUACAAAUCAGAGGCUUUUAGGCAAUACUCCAGGAUCCUCUGAAGGAAAAGGAUUGUCGGAGUGUUGUGUAAAAGCCACUGAACUUGUGUUCUGGCCAACUUAAAGUAGGUGCUGGACUGGUCCAGAUUUGUUUGUUCCCCUCAGUUUCAUUUGGAAUUGGCUUUGUUUUUAAUAAACCUAAGGACACUCCUCUGAGCAAGUUGCCACUGAAGCACUUUCAAGUACACAAAAAUGUCCUUCAGAGGGUCAUUUGCUCUAUCAGGCCCAACUAAAUAUAGACACCAACAAUGCUGGCACUGUCACCAUCCUGCCCUUGCCUGGUAACAGGGCUGAGGUUGCCAGGUCUGUAGAGAGAGAUGCUGUGUGAUGAAUAGGAUUUAGCUGAAGCUGCGAGUGAAAAAUCCUCCCUACCCGUAGAAGAGCAGGAUUUUUUAAGCAGCAAAGUCAUGCUACAGGAUUAGACCAUGCUCAGUCCUGUCAGCUCGAAGUACUUACCGCAAUAUUUUUAGUCAGAUUGAUGGAGAGAACCAGAACCCUGAAGAAAAAAGAAACACACUCAUCCUCUCAGAGAUGCUGGGCUGAAGUUUGUACUUGCUUUACUAGCCGCUGUUUAUGCUCACUCUGCACUUUUGCAAGAGUUGAUUUGUUAGUCAGUGCAAGUGUGUUUUAGGUUAGUGUUUUUAUAUACAUGUUUAUGCUCUUUUUCUUGGUGCCUGUGUGUGGCUGACUUGGAGUCUGUGUGUUGUUGUUUAUAUGAUCUUUCUUGUCUCUGUGGUGUCUUAGAAACAUGAGCUUGCACAGUGUUGGCAGGUCUUUUUUGUCUGGGUCGUAUGGCCACAUAAAGACAGGGAUGGCACUUUACACUUGAGAGACUUUGUAUGGUUUUAAUCAUCUGUUAAGAGCAGCCUCUACCUGUGGGAUAAAAUGAUUUAUCUAUGAUAAACAGAUAGCGAAAAACAUUGACUUAUAAUGAAUUUCUUGUGAAACCCAGCAGGGUUGAUUGGCCAUAAGCACUUUGUUGUAAAAGUUAUGCCAGCUACUUGCAAAAAAGUGUCAAAAUUCACCGGCUUGCUGUUUUUUGACCUCUGUAUGCCACUUAUCCUCGAAGACCGCUCAUGCAUCGGGCCAACCUGGGUGCAGGUGAUGGACCAGAGAGCCCAUCUGGUCUUCUGGAGAGAUUUAAUUCUCAGUGUUACAUUUUAGAGUUUCAAGGCAUUGCUGUGGUUCCACUGAUGCUUUUAUGCUGCCUGCAACUUAAAGCUGCAUUUCAUUUUUUGUUUUAGUAUUGUCUAAGUUUAGUGUAGCUGCAUCAUCGAGACUCAUUGUUGAUGAUCCACAGACCCAAUUUAGAACCACCAAAUGCCCUGGGGUCAAACCAAUUUUUACAGUCAUGCUGUUUUCUUUGUGUUUAAUUGUCAGGUUGUACAGCAUACCUCCAAACAUACUAUUCUUUGAGAGCUCUCCUUACUUGAGAUUUUCUUUGCCCUAGGCUGAUUCUUUUUAAGUGCAAUGCAAAUAAGUUCAACGCUGCUACAAGUAUACGCUGGCUGCUAAUACUAUUUAUGUCUUUAGGUAAAGCUAUGCAGUUGAACACCAGCAUCACAUGUUUGCACAUUUUCUGUUUCCACAGUUACAAAUGUAGGUUAUUUCUGUGUUUUACCCAUCUCAAGGCUGGACUUAAUAAUUCCUGAAGCUGGAGAUGCUUCUCUUUUACUCAUACAUCAAUGCAUUAGACUGACCUCGGACCACUCUUCAGAGAUGUAUCCUAACUAGAAAUACUCAUCCCAUCUGUCUGUUGGAUAUUCUGCAUCUGUGGUCAAAAUUUCAAUAACCAAAGUCCGCAGCCACAUUUACUGUUUUUGCCGAUAAGUGUUUGCUCUUCAAAGAUAUCUUUAAAAAUUCAGGCAUCACAGCCUGUAUGCAUAUGCAAAUAGCUCUGCACUGUAAAAUGCAUUUCUGUUGUAGAAUAUACAAGCCUUUAAAAAAAACAAGCCAUAGACUGGACAUGUUUAAGUUUACUUUUUUAAUGUUUUAAGUUUUCUUUUAUUCAGAACACCAUAAGUGCAAACCUGUGAAUAAAAAAAGAAUGUAAAUUAAACAUUGUAGAUAUUUUUAUUUUAAGAUUUGUUAAUCAGAUUGAUUGCACAGUGAUUGAUUUGCCUGCAUUUUCUUGCAGGUGUCAUAUUACAAUGUUGUGUAGGCUGGUUUCUUCCAUUGUUGAUUUUUAUCAAAAUAAAUAUAUUCUCCCAUGAA